AUAACAACCUCAUUGUUUAUUUCCCAUAGAUAAGAUUAUCUGCUAAAUGAUAUUCAAACUUAGGCCCCUAUACUUAUUAUACUCUUUGGUACUGUCAAAAAGCCGAAAUAUCGACUAAACAGUUGUUACCGAAGUAACAAUGACUUAGCAAUAGUAAAUAGUGGUUACCUAUCCGUCGCGUCGUCGCUCGUCCAGAUAAUAAGAUUCCUUAGGAAUCGUGAAAAUGUCGCACCAUACGAUAACCCAAAAUGUUGAGAAAAAGAGACGUGUUCCUUUGUACCCUGGGUUCCCUGAGCUGGCGCGAUCUGAUGUCAGCAUAUACCCAGCCUAUUCGAAAUUAACCUUGGCAUAUCGAGUGGUAUGCCGCCAUCGAUACCAUUGGUCUAAAAUCGCACAACGUAAGCAGUUUAUGAGAGAACUACACAGUUUCGAGAAACUGCAAACGAAUGCCCUGGACGGUGUGAGAGUGCACAGAGAGUUCUCGCAGGGAAUCCUCUCGCACACAAUACCACCGCGUCGGUAUGUACAAAAGCUGACGCCAGAUCCUCUGACAUCAAACCAAAGGAUGAGAGUAGAAGAAAUUAUCAGUGGAAGAGUUAACUUCAGUCAGAAGUAGAACUCAGUUUGCAACAAAGUAAAUCAUGAAAUAUCUAUAGUACAAAAU